GGAAAGGGACCUGUUCAUGGCUGAAUUGGCCUGGACCACAGCGAGGCACUUCUGUCUCGCUCAGAUGGAAGAAGAGCUCCUGGAGGAACUGAACAAAGAAAAGCAGCUUUCACAGCUGUUGAGCAGGGAGGUCACACUGGAGGGCCUUGAGAUGUUUGUCUCAGUCGUCCACCCAGCAGCAGAGGAGGAUGUAAAAACCUUCCUUCCAUCUAUGCACGCCAAACUGCUAAGAAUUUUCGGAGGCAUUCAGAUCAACAGCGGUCCACUCUCUGAAGGGGACACAAAACCAGCAGAGCUCUUGGAGCUUGAACAGAGUGCUGCGUCCCUGGUGCCAGAGGUGGUGGACAUUGCUCUCAAGUUCCUCCUGGAGGAACCAGAGCUAAAAGACAAAUGUAAACUUGCCAGUGCUGAGAUUGGCAAACUUCUGACUAACUCAGCAGCUCCUUGCCUUUCUCAGUUUGGAUCUGUGUCAAGAACUGUUGUGCUUAGCGUCUGCACUAGAGCUGCCCGAUCCAUUGUGAAAGCCAUCUUUGAGAGGUUCGACCAGCGCUCCAAGUCCUUCCACCAGAUGGACUAUGAUGAGAGUGAUUUCUCUGCCGGAUACGGUGCCAUCUUUGCUAUCCAGGAAAUGGUCAAAGAAAAGUACCUUCGGCUCUUCGCCUCAGAGGAGCAGGAAGGGGCACUUCUUGAGAAGAGAGAGGUUUCUCCACAAGUGCAUGAAAAUAUGGCCACUGCUCCAAACGAUGUGACCGAGGACACAGUCUUGGUCAAAUCGGGUACCAGUGUGGCUGUGUUCAUGGCUGAUGAGCCGGAAGAACUGCAGCAGGAAGAUGUGAAGGAAUCGCACACAGAAGAAACCCUGGUUCAGGACACUGCCAUCCAGAACAUGGACCACGGAGUGCGAACAGAUACAUCCACCCACAGUCACGCUGGCCUCUGGAGUUCAGAGAGACUGGAUGACCAACUACUGGAGAAGAAGGAAACCUCCCAAGGAGUCCCUGGGGAUGAAGAGUUGGCCAUUAUGCAAUAUCAUUUGACUGAGGUAUCAUCGUCAGUCAACUGUUUGAAGAGAAAGAAGGGAGUGCGUGCCUUCUUCCGUGGUGUGUGGAAGAUGAUGACAUGCUGCUUUAGUGUAUCCACAAUGGACUAAAGCAUUGUGCAUGCACCUUGCUCCCUUCACCCUGUUCCCCUCAUCCCCUCAUCCCUGCUCUCCCCUGCUCUCCCUGCUCCCCUCAUCCCU